AUGAAAAACUCAUUCCCAAACAUAAUUCGUAAGCCUUUGAAAAAAAUAUUCACCAAAAAUUCAUCAAACGAGACUUUAAACGAUAAUGGUGAUAUCAAUUGUUUAAUAAAAAUCGAACAAGAAAGAUUCUCUUAUAUUGAAGUAAUUUUGGAUGAAGAUGAAAAUGGCGAAAAUUAUCAUUACUAUGAUGAUAAUACAAUGUCAUUAUUUGUUUUAAAUUCGGAAGAUAAUGAUAUAGAAAACUCUAAUUCAAAUAAUCAAAAUCAAUCAACGCCACCCGUUUCUCCAACCUCAACUUCACCUUCUGUGUCCACGAGUAAUACUCUAUUAUUAUGUUCUUCAAAUAAUGACAACAAGAGGGAGACUAUCACACUUCCUUCUUCAUUUAAGUUUAUUAAAAAACAUGGAAAAAUUUGUAUUUAUGAUUCAGAAACAAAAAUUUCCAAACCUGAUCAGGUUAAUUGCAAGAAUCAUAAAGACGAAAAAGACAUUGACAACGCAACAAGCAUUUGGGUCGCAAAAACUGAUAAUCUAAAUAUUUGUAAUGAUAAUUAUCAUACUAAUCUUGUUCAUGAUUAUCAUAUAAAUCCAUGUGCAACUUGGCAUUUGAAUUCUAUUAGUAAUGAUAAAAUUAAAUCAAAAUUUGAUAAAGAUUUAGUCAUUAAACAUCAAAGCCAAGAAAAAAACAGCGAUGAACUUGAAGAUGAAGAAUUUGAUAAUAAUAAUGAAGUUAGGGUAGAAGAAGAUAUUUACUGUACAGUAGAAGACAUUGGCGAAAACAGCAAUAGUACAAUAUUUAAUGUUAAAUCUGAUACUUUGAAAAUCAAUUCCCAUUAUAUUAAAAAGCACUGUAAUAACUUUAGCGAAAAUGAAUGUAUAACAUUUUUAUUAACAACAGGAUUGAUUGCUAAAAAUUCAUUCCACAAAUUAAUGCAAGAAAAAAAGGAAAGCGAAGCAACCAGAAAAGAACAUGAGCAGGAUCUUCAAUAUGGUAUGGGAAUAUGGGACGGGAGAUUGGAAUAUAAAAAUCAAUUGGUUAAAAUAUAUGGAUAA